AUGUCGUCGGAUAGCCUGUUUGACUCGUCUAUGGCGGACGCGGCGCUCAGCAAGACGCCCAAACCAUCCUACUUCUUCCCCUGGGCGACAUCCCCGGAUAUCAUCCGCGCGCACGAGAAAGACAGCUACAUCACCAGCACGCUCUCGACACAAGCCCAGUCCAUCAUCCGCACGCUCCGCGGCCAACGAUACGCCCAUGCUCAUUCCGACGCCAUCAAGCAUGCCAUUGAAGUGCUUUACCUCUCCCUCACAACGCUGCUGGGCAACAGGACCCUAGGCGAAGAAUACUGCGAUGUAGUACAGCUUGAAGACGAUACGCUACAGCUUCCGAGCCUAGGUCGAAGGGCAGGAUAUAUCGUUAGCUCGAUACUGGUGCCUUCUAUAUUACAGCGCCUACUACCUUCGUUCCGACGAAAGUUACGAACUAAGCUUGAACGAAGUAUUGCGCGGAAACAGGCUAGGCUUGAGUUGGAGAAGGGGAAUACCAAGAAGAGAAAAGAUGUCGGCUUCUCGUUGCGGAUUCAGCGAUAUAUCCUUGAACACCUGAACUCCAUUACAUCUCUCUCACCUUUUUUUGCUGUGAAUUUGGCCGCGUUUUACUUUUCGGGGGCAUAUUAUCAUCUAUCUAAACGGGUAUGGGGGUUACGAUACGUAUUUACCAAACGCAUCGGCGAUAGCGAGGAGAGGAUAGGGUAUGAAGUCUUGGGAGUGCUGCUUGUAUUACAAAUUGCCGUGCAGGCGAUAGUGCAUGCGAAGGAAGUUAUUGAGUCGAUUCAGCUGGAGGAGGCAGGGCAGGUAUCUGCUACGGACUCGGCGGCCAAGGGUGCAGGAACCCCUGGAUUGAAGAGUAUUAGCAUGCCAGACGGAAUGGCAUUGCUGGCUCCAGAGGAAGCGAGGUAUGAUAUGUCUGUUGAGAAAGAUGCUCUGGCCAUGUCAUGGAUACCUGCUGGACCACAGAGGAAGUGUACUCUCUGUCUUGAUCCGUUUAAAGACCCGAGUGUAUCGACGUGCGGACAUGUCUUUUGCUGGACGUGUAUACGGGACUGGGUGCAGGAGAAGCCGGAGUGUCCUUUAUGCAGACAGGAGGCUAUUGCAUCGAAGAUAUUGCCUCUACGGGGAUGA